ACUUGGUCGCGAGUGGGGUGGGACGUGGGGUGGAGGCAGAGGGCAGAGGACACCGUGGGUUUAACAGUCCUGCCUCAGCCUUUCUUGUACUAAUACAGAUGGGAGCCACCGCGCACAUCCUCUAGUUUCUUUGGGUAAUUGGCCAAAUCAACUACCCAGGAGCUUUGCUCGCUCUCUGUCACAAUUGGACACACUCUAGCCCAAUUGGAGGGAUGGGCUAGUGUAAACCGACUUCUCCAGAACAGGUUCGCAGUGCUGAAGUUGAAGUUGCUCAGUGGCACUUUGUAAAGCAAGGUUAGCUGCCUGGAAGCCUUGGCAGUUGCCGGUGCACGGAUAGAUCCCACCCCCGUCUAUCUGUCCAGCCUCCACCAAGCCCUGUGAUUGCUCUGGUUCACACCACUGGACGGGGUAGCUGAUGGCUUGGGGGACCUUUGGUUUCUGGGGCCACAGCUUUGUCUUCUCAGCAGAAAGCAUGUUCUCGAGCCAGCUUUCCUCCUGCCCUGUGGGGUGUGUGUGUGUGUGUUGUAUAUACAUACGUGUAUGUCUGUUUGCAUCUGUACUGAUGUGUGUGUGCGCAGGUGUGGAAGCCAGAUUGUCUGCCUGACAUGUAUUGCGCCAUCACUCACCCUAUGAACCCAAAGUUCACAGAUUCAGCCUGUCAGCCUGCUGUGAGGAACCCAUCUCUGCCUUCUGACUGCUGGGAUUACUCGCCGUCCCCAUACCUGCCCAGCACCCGAUCUCACGUCCUCGGGCUCCUCACACUUGGCACUGCCAGCCUGAGCCACCCCACCCCAUCCUCAGUGCCUCUUGGCCCUGUCACUUGAACCCAUUGCAGUGUACUGUAGGACACAUCCUUCCUCACACUGGACUGGCCCUAACAUGGGCAGCCCAGAGGAGCUGAGGCCUGGCGCUGUCCUCUCCAGGCCCCUUUCUGGGAGGGGUUCUCUGUGCUUUCUGGUGAGGUGGAGCCCUGCCUCCUCUGUUGUUCUCUGACGAGGUUCAGUUUCCCCCACCAUCCUUCAAAAAUCCCAAACUCACAAAAAGUUGGGGAAUGCUGAGCGAGGCCCAUCUAUACCCCUUAUCAGAGCAGCCGGGGGCAGCUAGCUUUCUUCUCCCGCUCGCAGCGGAGCCUCGGGCACUGUCACCUCCAGGAUGUCAGGGACAGCUAAAUUAAUUCUGUGCCAACAUCUGAGUGAGCCUAGACUUCCAGACUGCCUAGGCCUUCCUAGAGUGGAUGGUGCAGACGGACGCGGCCUUGGCUUUCACGGAUGUGUUCCCAAGACAGAGCCCCCUGUCCUUGGUGCUCAGUGGGACACCUGACCACACUAUCACUUCAGAUUGCCCUGUGUGUCACUUUCUUUUUUGGUUUUGUUUGUUGGUUGGUUGGGGGGUUUUUGGGGUUACUUGUUUGUUUGGUUGGUUUUUGGUUUUGGGGUUUUUUUUUUUGUUUGUUUGUUUUGUUUUUUUGAGACAGGGUUUCUCUGUGUAGCCCUGGCUGUCCUGGAACUCACUCUGUAGACCAGGCUGGCUCCCAACUCAGAAAUCCGACUGCCUCUGCUUCCCGAGUGCUGGGAUUACAGGCGUGCACCACCUGCCCAGCCUGUGUAUCGGUCUCCCACGUACUCCCUCCCACAGCCAGUCUGAGGGACACAAGCACGUGGAGUUUGUUUCCAUCGCCGUGUCCCGUCAGCUCUGCAUGCUCCUGGUGACCCCGCUGAGGAAAUGGACCUGGAUCAGCUGGACCUGAACCCCAGAAUUACCGCUGCAAUUAAAAAGGGCAGACUGAAGUCUGUAAAGGAGGUUCUGCGCUACUCGGAACCAGAUCUGCAGCGGCUCACCAGCCUGCCCAGCCGCGAUGUGCAGCGCCUGCUGAGAGCAGCCUCUCUACACCUUCGGGGAAGCCGCGUCCUUACAGCACUGCAUCUGUUCCAGCAGAGGGAGAGCUUCCCUGAGCAGCAUCAACGCCUGAGCCUAGGCUGCCCUGUCCUGGAUCAGUUCCUGGGUGGAGGCCUGCCCCUGGAGGGCAUCACUGGCCUGGCUGGCCGCAGCUCAGCAGGAAAGACCCAGCUGGCGCUACAGCUCUGCCUGGCUGUGCAGUUCCCACGACAGUAUGGAGGCCUAGAGGCUGACGCCUUCCCCAGCAAACGGCUGUGGCAGCUCAUUGAGCAGCAGCAGAAGCUGCGGACAGAUGUGCCUGAGGAGGUGAGGCGGAAGAUCAGGUUCAGCGACCACAUCUUCAUUGAGCAUGCGGCCGAUGUGGACACCUUGUUGGAGUGUGUGAGGAAGAAGGUCCCCAUCCUGCUGUCGAGAGGCAUGGCCCGCCUGGUGGUGGUUGACUCCAUUGCAGCCCCAUUUCGUUGCGAGUUCCACCUUCAGGCCUCAGCCGCCAGGGCGAGGCACCUGCACUCGCUGGGGGCCACACUUCGCAGACUGAGCAGCACCUUCCAGAGCCCAGUGCUGUGUGUCAACCAGGUGACAGAAAUGGUGGAGGACCAAGAGUCUGUGCCCAGUUCACUGGGGGCUUGGGAGGAGCGUCUCUCUCCAGCCCUUGGCAUCACCUGGGCUAACCAGCUCCUGAUGCAACUGAUGGUUGACCGGAUCCAUGAGGACGAUGCUACCGCAGGCUUGCCCAGAAGCCCAGCUCGGACUCUCCGAGUACUUUUCGCCCCCCACCUACCCCUCUCCUCCUGCUGCUACACAGUCAGUGGGGAAGGCAUUAGAGGGGUCCCAGGAACGGAGUCCUGCUAACAGUGGGGUCGGCCAGUGGAUCAGCCUGACCAGGUCCCAAGAAACCCUGAUUCUGAUGACUCCUUCCAAAGGACCUAUCAGUCAUCCGCGCCUGGUGAGCAGCCCAGUUGGUAUCUGCUCUCUCCCCUGGGGCUCACCUACUGUUGAACCUUGGGGUUUGGCCUCACACUACUGACUAGAGGAUGACGGACCAACAGGCGCUCUGGCAGCCCUGAGGGUGUCUCCUAGGACCCCAGGAUGGCAAGACUCAGCUCCUCUCUCUUGUGCUUUUGGCCUGGGAUCAUCAGCUUGGUGGGACCAACCCUCCUGCAGGACGGUCUUAACUCCCUGACCCCCAGUACACACGCGCGCACACACAUAUACACACACACACACACACCAUUUUGAGGCAGAGUGGAGAAAACGGUCUGAGGAAAGGAGAUCGGCCUGGCCCAACUCAGCUGCCUAGGCUAAGCGGCCUUGGGCAACUUAGAAGGACACCAGGAAACAGGUUUGUGUGUUCACUGAGGCCUGGCUAGUGUGCCCAGCAACCCUGGCUCAGCAGUGCAUCCAGGCUGGAAGGCAUCACAAAGCACCCAACAGGAAGGACUGUGUGCCCGCUCAGCCGGCGGGCAGGCCUCCUGGAAACAUGUGCUCUAGACUGAGAAUCAUCACCUUGUGGACUGGUGGCUCAACAGGAACAACUGUGUGGCCUCUGAAGACAGGGCCAUGGUGCUGAAGCCCUGUGCUUCCAGACCUGCCAGGCAGCACAGGCUUCCCCAGCAAAUAUGCCAAGUGGGCCCUCACCAAGGAGUUCUGUUGUUGCGGUAGUGUCUGACUCCUCGAAGCAGGACAUAGUCACUGUCCCCACUCAGACAGGAAACAGUCCACUCAUGGUAUACACACUGACAUCUUCAGGGUGGCCCCAUCCUUACGAGCUGUCCUUUCAGAGGUCCUGGGGCCCCUCCCCACUUCUGGCAAUCCUGCAGACUAAACCUAGGGCCUUCCGCAUGCAAGUGCUCCACCCCGGCGGCCUGCAAGGUCGAGGACACGGACAAGAACAAGGAACACGAGGCUGCUGGGGUGGAGUCAGCUCUGUAAACAACUUCGCUGCAAAGCUGGGGGACUUUAGACCAGGAAAUAAAACUUCAUUUUUGUAACAAA